UCGCUUGUCUUCCUCCAUUCACACAGAGCAUUCUGAGCAGAGACGCAUCUCUCCCCUGAAUGGACUCCAUAUGAGGUGAGACGGUCUGGAUGGAAGCAGGAGGUCAUUUUCUGUGAAGCGUUUGGUUUUUUCUUUCUGAGAAACGGCAGCGACUUGUCAUCAUGAACUUUUGUCAGACCUGAGGAGCUCGUGGGGGAAACUGUUGUUGCAUCAGAUGAUCUAGAAGACUCCUGGAACUCAAGAGGCGCUCCCUUUGCUGCUUGUUUUCAAAGGUGGAGAACAUCUGAAAAGUUAAAAUUGCCUUCUUAUUUUCAUCUCCACCCCCCUGGACCACAAUGGGUUCAGAUGUUCGUGACCUGAACUCCCUGCUGCCCCCAGUCCCGGCGGGCCCCAGCCCCGGCUGCCCAGCCCUGCCUGUCAGUACAGCCCCUCAGUGGGCUCCUGUCCUGGACUUCCACCCUGCUGCCUCACCUUACUCCUCCCUGGCCGCACCGCACUCCUUCAUCAAACAGGAACCCAGUUGGGGGGCCGCCAGUGACCCACACCACCUUGACUCCGACCCCCACUGUGGCCUCAGCGCCUUCACUGUGCACUUCUCGGGACAGUUCACAGGCACCGGAGCUUGCAGGUAUGGAGCAGCAUUCGGAGCACCCCCUCCUCCACCCACAGCUCCCAGCCAGCCUCCACCUGUGGCAGCACCACACCACCAUCAGCCCCCCAGCAGGAUGUUCAGUAACCCACCAUAUCUGACCAACUGCAUGGACACUCAGCCGCCGGCUCGCAACCAGACAGGUUACAGCACAGUCGGAUUCGAUGGAGCCGGUAAUUACGGCCACACUCCCACGCACCACAGCUCGCAGUUCUCCGGCCACUCCUUCAAACAUGAAGACGCUUUGGCUCAGCAGAACACAAUGGGUGAGCAGCAGUAUCCUGUGCCUCCUCCGGUGUAUGGAUGCCACACACCUUCAGACAGCUGCACAAGCAGCCAGGCUCUACUGCUGAGAAACCCCUACAACAGCGGAGAAAAUUUAUAUCAAAUGACCUCUCAGUUGGAGUGUGUGGCAUGGAAUCCUGUCAAUACACUGGCAUCCACCAUAAAGAGUCAUGCAGCUGGCUAUGACAGUGACCCCAGCACCCCGAUGGUGUACAGCUGCAGCACCCAGUACCGCAUACACACUCACGGAGUCUUCCGAGGCAUUCAGGAUGUGCGACGGGUGCCCAGCAUUGCUCCUGCAAUAGUUCGGUCAGAAAGCAGUGAGAAGCGACCGUUCAUGUGCGGCUACCCAGGAUGCAACAAGCGCUACUUCAAGCUGUCUCACUUGCAGAUGCACAGCCGCAAACACACAGGUGAGAAACCUUACCAGUGUGAGUUCACCGACUGUGGCCGCCGCUUUUCACGCUCUGACCAGCUCAAAAGACACCAGCGGAGGCACACAGGAGUUAAACCGUUCGAAUGCGAGACGUGUCAGAGAAAGUUCUCUCGGUCUGACCACCUUAAGACACACACACGGACUCAUACAGGUAAAACAAGCGAGAAACCGUUUAACUGUCGGUGGCCGAACUGCCAGAAGAAGUUUGCCCGAAGCGACGAGUUGGUGCGACACCACAACAUGCACCAAAGGAACCUCACCAAGCUUCAGCUGUCCAUCUGAGCCAUCCCAGUUUCUGUUUUUCAUUUUCAUGCAAGUCACCCCCAGAGGAAGACGUACAAUCCUGUAACACACCCCCAGAAAAAUUCAGCCGCCUGACUGAAACGUGAAACUUGAUGUUUCUGCUUUGUUUUUUAUUUACUGUGCUAGCUUCCUGAAGUCAUUUGUUGAAAAUGCCAGGUGACUUUUAUGUGAUCUUAUUAAAAUAAAUUUUACAUUUUACUUUACCCUCAAAUGACGUCAUAUUUAAAAAAAUGUGGGUUAACGCUUAUGUUCCUAUCUGGAGAAAUGUAGAAGGCUUUCUGAUUUAUGGCAACAACUGUGAUCAGUCAAGUUUGUAGUGUCCUAAAGAAUAUUUCAAGCGUUUUAGAAGAUAUAAAGAAUAUUAAAUAUCCCCAGAAUUACUGCAAAAAGGUUACAUUCAUAGAAAUAGGCAGCUUCAUUUUACAUCUGUUUUGGUUUUUUGGUUAAAUUAUUCACGUUAUACAAGAAUAAAUCAUAGUUUAACCCACUCCUAUCACCUUUUUAUCUAUUUUCGAAGCAUCCCCAGUGGUCUUUUAAUUAUGAUUAAUCAGUUUUUAGCCAAAUCCGAAAACCUGUGUUGUUGUUUUUUGAACACAGUUUCUGCAGAGUGGAGGUAGUUCAUUAGAAAUUUACCAUUAAGUUGUGGGCAGAAACAUUGGUAGGGAGUAAGGUCACCCUUGCUUCCCAACGUCCUUCUGUUUACGUUCUCCCACUAGCUUACAUCCCCUCUCACCCCCAAUUUAACAUAACGGGUGGAACAAAAAUGGCGAGCUAUAUUGAGCCAGAUGGCAGCUGGGAGGAGGUAAACGGAGACGUGCAUGGAUCUAGUCGAGGCAUUUUUUAUUUGUUCCUAAAUCAGAACUAUUUGAAUAAAGACAUACUUAGAAAUGUUGCUUUAAGUAUAAUUUUUAUUUAUGCGUGUCAAAAAACAUGAGGAAAAUGCCUCAAGAACAUGUUAAAAAAAAACACUAAAAACACGAUUUUCAUUGGAGUGGGUCUUUAACCCCCUCAUGUCACAUGUCACUGAUUACCAGAAAAGCAUUAAAUGCACUUAAUUUAGCAUCACCUUAAAUGUGAAAAAAAUCAAUGAAGAAUAUUUUUUUUCAUUAUUAGAAAUUAAGUCAGGCAUGGAGGGUUUAAAUGUACUAUCUAAUCUCUGUUUAUAGAAAAAAGUCAAAAUAGAGAAAUACAUAUCAUUUGAAUCAGUGCGCUCUGAGACAAAGUAAGUACAAUUACCUCUUUGAAGGUUAAAGUUACAAUUUCUGUCAAAUUCUUAAUUUAAUUGAGUGUUGAAGUAGAUUUCUAAACAGACUUAAAAGCUGUCAUUCUUAGAAAUGUAUGCUUUGGAUCUCCUCUGCUGAACAUGAAUACAGUUUCAGAUGUACUCACUAAAAAGAAAACAUUAUUCCCACUACAACAUUUGUCAUCAUGAAUAUGUUUCCAUAUGCAGGCGAAUGUAAAUAUGAAACCAAUGCUUCUACCUGGCAGGACACUUCAAAUGUUUCAUGCUAGAGCGCCAUGAUGUUCGGUCAGGCUCGUGUUCGGCGUGUUGUAAAUAUCUCUAAGGUGGAUCUACUUUUGGGAAGUUGUAUUUAUUCAACGCUUUGUGGAUUUUUCACUGGAAUCAUUUGAAGAAAUGGGAUGUUCUCAACUGUAGACUCUCAUAUUUGAUUAACUCUCUUUUCUGUAAACAUUCAGAACACGCCAAUGAUAUUGCUUUCUUUAUUUUUAUUAAUGGAUUAAUUGAAAAAAAGUUUAGAUGUUUUUAAAGCUGAAUUUUCAUUUGGUGAAAAACACUAUGUUUUUCGUCUUUUUUGUGUCUUUCUGUGUGUAAAUACUGCAGAAUUUAAUGUUUUCGAGCUUUAAAAUAUGCCUGCUGGGUCACACUGGCUCUGCGGCCCGGACACGAGCAUGGAGAUGUACAUAAUCCCUCUUCACCAUGGAAAUGAGCUCUCUGCAUGGGGAGAAAACAUCUAACUUAAGUGAUAUCUCUCGGACGUUUCCUCGUUUGGAUGCAGGAACUGUUUAUAUUCCUUUCUUGUUCUUUCUCUGGUUUUAUUAUUAUUAUUAUAUUUGGGUCACCAGAAAAAUGUCAGCAAAACAUUUUGUACCCAAAGGUUUGAGAUGAUGGAAAAUUGUGGUUUCUGUCUGUUUAAAUAUAUUGUGACUGUUUUUCUACAAAUCAGGUCUCUGAUUCACCUGUGUCUCUUAUUUUUUGAUUGGUUCAUAAAUUCUCCCCCUGGA